AUGAAGGUCAUUGAGUUGUUUGAUGUAAAACCCUCAAUGCUUGGAUCUCACCAACUCCAAAAUGCUGCAACUGCCACUUGUGCGUCUCUCUGCCUUUGUGAUCAAGGUUGGACAAUUUCAGAUGUAUCCAUUUGCUCUGGUUUAGAGCAAACAUAUUUGCUUGGGAGAAGUCAGUUUUUAACAUCAAAGGAAGCCGAGACACUAGGACUGUUUGAAGCAACUAUAUUAAUUGACGGAGCACAUACCAAGGAAUUUGCCAAAGCUUUAGCUGAUACAAUUCAGAUGGCAUUUCCGAAGGCAAAAUUGGUUCUUGUGGUUGCAAUGGCAAGUGACAAAGACCAUUUGGGUUUUUCUAGAGAACUAUUUUCAGGUAUGUUUUUAUCCUUUUCUCCAUCUCUCUAUAUGUUUGGUGUUGUUAUAUAUAUAGUUGUACUUCUUGAGUUUGGGGAAUAAUAAAAUGGGAACAUGAAGCUUAGCCAG